GUUAGCCUUUUGCUCAAGAUCAACUGAUCAGCAAGUCGGGAACAUGGCUGCUCCAGGGAAUGCUUUACAUCUCUUCUUGGUGCUUAUUUCAUUGCUGGUUGGAGUGCCAGCGGUGGAAGCUUUGGAUGCAGGCGAUGCACUGGCUAUCUUGCUGGGUAUGGUUCUCAGUGUCGUUGGACUCUGUGCCUGUUUGGGCUUAUAUGCAAGAAAACGAAAUGGAGAACUGUGACUUUAAGAAAAGGUGCCCAGGUUGAGGACAGACAACUUCUUGGUUGGGUUAAGAUUUAAAAAUUGAGUUUCUGGUUGUUCCCAAAACUGAUAUACGAGUCUUCAAAUCCUUAUUGCCAUGCUUUGUUGAGGAAUAGACACUGA